GCUCUAUCCCCUUAAAAAAACCUCUCUAGCAAUACACACCAAACUAAGCAUGUGCAGUGUCUCCACACGAUAUGUCUUAUCAGGAGAUAAGAGGGGGACACUGGAAGAAGGGAAGGAACAGAGAAGUCAGGAUCAAACAUCCUUUUUACACAAUGCAGAAGGUUAACCCCUCUGGUUCCACAGUGAGUAUAACAAGCAUGCUUUACUGCCAGGGGCGGACUGACAACUCAUGGGGCCCCCGGGCAAUAGGGGAUCAUGGGCCCCCUGUGUCCUUGCCCAAACUCAAAAAAGCCUAU